CAGAGAUCCGCCGACUGCAAGAAGCAGUGUCAUCGUGACUACUACCUGAACAAGGCUGGCCGCUGCACGGCCUGUGUGAGCUGCUCACGAGGUGACCUCGUGGAGAAGAUGCCUUGCACAAGGGACUCACCCCGAGUCUGUGAAUGUCGACCUGGAAUGUUCUGUGUCACGACAGCCACCAAUUCCUGUGCUCGCUGCGCCUCUCACUCCACCUGCUCGAUGGGCAUGAUUGUCAAACUUCAGGGUACAGCAGAGAGGGACACUGUCUGUGAGCUUGCUCCCCGCAAGACCCAUCCUGGCUGCAGCACCAGCUCAGAGGACUACAAGGGCUUUGAUUGCCUGGCUUAUCUCAACGUCUUCUCCAGAAACACCACUACUGAGGCCACAUCCAACCUGAGCCAGGUGCACACCCCAGAAGAUACUUUCAAAGAGAGACUUCCUCACUCUCCUUCCUCCCCAGGGAAGCCCAGCCCAGAUCCAGGGCUGUCCUCACAAAAGCCAUGCCCAGAGGGGUCUGCAGACUGCGGGAAGCAGUGUGGGCCUGACUACUACCUGGACAAGGCUGGCCGCUGCACCGCCUGCGUGAGCUGCCUGAGAGAUGACCUGGUGGAGAAGACACUGUGCACAAGGAACUCCCCCCGGGUCUGCGAAUGCCGACCUGGAAUGGUCUGUGCCACAUCAGCCACCAACUCAUGUGCCCGCUGCGUCACCAGCCAUAUCUGCCCAUCAAAGAUGGCCAAGGCCCAGGGUACAGCUCGAAGGGACACCGCUCAUGAGUCACCUCCCUCAGGAAGCCCAUCUGACUGCAGCUCCAGCCCAGAGGAGAGUAAUAUGUCUGCCAGCACCACCUCCACCGUGCCGUCCUCCCCCCUGGACUCCCACACCAAUGACAAUCACGAAGAGAGCACCAUCCAUGCCCAGCAGGACACCUCGAUCCCAACCAGUGCUUCUCGUGCCCUCUUCUCCACUCGAAAGCCCGUACUGACCACAGGAUCUGUGCUCUUCUGGGUGACCAUCGUGUUGGUGGCAAUCCUUGUCUCCAGCACCUUCCUCCUGUGCCACUGGAAGGCCUGUGGGAAGGGGAUUCGGCAGAAGCUUCACCUGUGUUUCCAAGGCCAGACCUUCCGGCCCAAGCCAGCGCCUGUAGAUUCCAGGUCACAGAAGUUGCCCAAGCCCUGCAGGAGCAUAUUAGUGACGGAAACGGAUUCAGAGGAGAAAAGGUUGAUGAGCACACCAUCUGUGGAGGCCUGCCCCAGCGUGGGGACACCCUGCCUGGAAAGUCUGAAGCUGCUGGGGGCCAGCCCACCUGAGGGUCCCUCAUCCCCCAGGGAGGUCUACGAGCCCCUGGCGACUGCAGAGCACACCAAUAACAAGAUUGAGAAUAUCUACAUUAUGAAGGCAGACACCGUGAUCGUGGGGUCAGUGAGGACUGAGGUGCCCGAGAGCCAGGGUGUGGCGACUCAGGAGGCCCUCAAUUUGGAGGAGGACCUCGAAGUGGACCACAUCCCCCACUAUCCAGAGCAGGAGACCGAGCCACCUCUGGGCAGCUGCGGGGAUGUCAUGUUCUCGGUGGAGGAGGAAGGGAAGGAGGAGCCUGUGCCCACAACUGCCUCUGAGAAGUGA